AUGGGUAAGAAGAACACCAAAGGUGGUAAAAAGGGUAGAAGGGGAAAGAACGAAAGUGAUGGUCCAAAGCGUGAGCUGUACUACAAAGAGGAGGGUCAAGAAUAUGCUCAGAUUACCAAAAUGUUGGGUAACGGUAGAGUAGAAGCUACGUGUUUUGAUGGCGUCAGGAGAAUGGCUCAUAUCAGAGGUAAGCUGAGAAAGAGAGUUUGGAUGGGACAAGGUGACAUAAUCUUAGUUUCUUUAAGAGAUUUCCAGGACGAUCAAUGUGAUGUUGUUCAUAAAUAUAAUUUGGAUGAGGCCAGAACGCUGAAGAACCAAGGCGAGCUGCCUGAGAAUGCGAAGAUUAACGAAACCGAUAACUUUGGUUUCGAAUCCGAUGAAGACGUCAACUUCGAGUUCGGUAACGCAGACGAGGAGGAAGAAGAAGAGGACGACGAGGAGCUUGACAUUGAUGACAUUUAA